AUGAAGCCAUUACUCUCCGCUGUUCACCUCCUCCUCCUUGCUCUUUUCCUCGACAUGCUAGUGCAGCCGUGCGCGCUCUUGGCCCUGAGCCCAAGCAGCUUAGCCGCCGGUGACAGCCUGAAGCCACCCAACUACAUCACCAGCCCUUCCGGCGACUUCGCCUUUGGUUUCCAUGCCCUCGACGCCAACGACACAUCCAACUCCUCCUUCCUCCUAGCGCUAUGGUUUCGCUUUGAUGCUAGCAGGGUCGUGUGGUUCGCGACCGACGCGGGCUCAGGCUCCGCCGUGGUCGCCCCAGGCCAGUCCGUUCUGAGCCUAACCACCGCUGGCCAGCUCUCCCUAGCAAAUCCCGGCAGCGACAAUGCCUUGUGGAACCCUUACACAGACCCCAGGCCAAACUAUGGCUCCCUUCUCGUGUUACGAGACAACGGCAACCUUCAGUUUGUCGCCUCGGAUGGUAAAACCGUUGUUUGGGAAACCUUUGCACACCCCACGGAUACUCUACUCCCAGGCCAAUCCAUGCCCCCUGGAUCAAGUCUUCGGUCUAGGGCCUCGGACAUGGACUUCUUGGUCGGCCGUUUCAGUUUUAAUGUGCAGGGUGAUGGGAACAUUGUCGGGUACAUAGUGGACCUGCCAGGAGUUACCAACCCCAUCAAUGCCUACUGGGACACCGGCACUUGUUGUGCUGGGAACACAACUCUCUUCUUCAACGCCGGGCUCGUCGGGCACCUCUACUACCUGCUCACAGAUGGCACUAAGCAUAACUUGACAACUCCUCAGUCCUUGUAUUCCUCCAACAAUAAUAGGCUCUUCUACCAGCACGCCAAGCUCGAUCCAGAUGGCAUUUUCCGUGUCUACAUCCUCCCCAAGAACACCACCGGCAAUGGUGCCAGCACAUGGCAUGUCAUGGACCUGGUACCAAGCGAUGGCUGCACAAAGGUGACAAAUAUUGGUCAACAUGGUAUGUGUGGACCGUACUCAUACUGUAUAUAUGAUGCUAACAAGCGGCUUGACUGUGAAUGUACAAGUGGCUAUAGUUUCUUGGACACUCAAUUUAGGUAUAAAGGCUGCACUCCAGCAUUUCUUCCGGAUAGCUGCGACGGGAAGAGCCAUGCUUCUGAGUUCAAGCUCAUGGAGUUGCCAAACACACACUGGAAAUCAAUAGUAUACUACAAGUGGCACCAAUCAAUCACAGAGGAGGAAUGCCAAGAUUUGUGCUUGAAUAAUUGCUUAUGUGGAGCUGCGUUGUUUGAUGGAAAUACCUGUGUAGAGGCUGCUAUGCUUACAAGUGGGUUUCAAGCAAAUGACACAACUACGAGGGCAAUGAUAAAGGUCCGUACAAAAAGACCACCUGUUUUGAUCCUACCAUAUGUAGUCAUUGCUGGAUUAGCCAUGUUAUUGCUGGCCACUACUUGCAUCCUCCUAGUAUAUUGCUACAUCACUAAGAAAGCAGGAAAGAACCGUUUGAGCGCGAUGGUUUUCACUCGCAAGGAGCUCCACCGGGCAACCAAUGGCUUCAGCAAGUUGCUGGGCCAAGGGGGAUUUGGCAAAGUUUACCAUGGCAUUGUUAAGUCUCUAGAACCACACGACGUUGCCGUGAAGGAACUCAGGAGCAGAGAUGAGUACCAGGAGGUUGAAUUUGAGAACGAGGUUCAAUCAAUUGGUAGGAUCCACCACAAGAAUCUGGUUCGAAUGGUUGGGUACUGUAAGGAAGGGGUGCACCGAAUGCUUGUGUUUGAGUUCAUGCCAAGAGGCUCCCUCGGUGACAUCCUUUUCAAGUCCGAGAGACCAUCUUGGAGCUGGCGUGCUGAGGCAGCACUAGGUAUCGCGAGGGGGUUGGAAUACCUGCACUACGGGUGCACCUCCCAGAUUAUCCACUGUGACAUCAAACCUGAUAAUAUUCUGCUGGAUGACAAGUGUGUCCCGAAGAUAACAGACUUUGGGAUUGCCAGGCUCCUCAAUGGCAACAAGGUGAAACAAACAAUCACUCAUGUUCGAGGUACGUUAGGCUACCUUGCACCGGAGUGGUUCAACAACGAGAGGAAGGUGGACAGCAAGGUGGACGUGUUCAGUUUCGGUAUUGUUCUUCUAGAGAUGAUCUGCUGCAGGAAAUACCCAAGUGAGGAUGGGCGGCAAUGCAAUGACGAUGCCUCGGACCCAGGCAUGCCUGUGACACUAAGAGCAUGGGUAUCAGACUUGAUUAGAGAAGGCAGCAUUGAGCGUAUUGUGCAGGGCGACAACAGUGCGCUACAGGACUUGCAGAGAGUGGAGAGGUUCGCACGCAUUGCGGUUUGGUGCGUGCAGGGGGAUCCGUCGACGAGGCCAAUGAUGCGGAACGUGGUGUGCAUGAUGGAGGGCACCAUGGAAGUUUACCCGCUACCUAGUGACCCUCCGAGGGUUCAUCAUGACUUCCCGCCGCCCCUCUCACCCAGUAGCGGCAGUGGUAUGAUCGAGUAA